CACUACCGUAACCAGAGGCGUCUGGGAGAUGCAGCUAAGAAGGCCAUCAGUAAACUCCAGGUCAGGACCAUCAAGAAGGGCGACUGGGAGACGGAGUCAGACUUUGAUAACUGUGCCGUGUGUAUCGAGGGCUACAAGCCAAAUGAUGUGGUCAGGAUACUACCCUGCAGACAUCUGUUCCAUAAGAACUGCGUGGACCCCUGGCUGCUCGAUCACAGGACCUGUCCCAUGUGCAAGAUGAACAUCCUCAAAGCCCUGGGCAUCGCUUUAAAUGCAGACUGUCUGGAUGACGUGCCAUUGGACUAUGAGAUGAUGAGUGUGGGUGGUGGUGGGGGGGUCGGGGGUCUGGGCCUAGAGGCUGUGGUGUCGGGAGGGUCCAGUGACGGGACCCUCAGUGAGGGGGGGUCGGUGGUUCUAGACCCGGGGGUGCGGAGAGUGGGGCUCCCCCAAGACUACCACGACCCAGACUCUCUGAGGGAUAGUCCCAUUACUGCUACUACUGAGACACAUACAGGUGAGUUCCAGCCCAUGACCAGCAGUGCGUCCGUGGCGUCCCUGGUGAUCGCCGUGGAAACGGGGCUGUCGGACGAGGAACUGUCACUAGAACAACUAACCCCUCCUGGGGACAACAAGUUCUGAGGCCACAGGGCCUAACUGGGGCCAGAAACAUGACUGCACCGGGGUAAGUCUGGUUUAGCCUGGCCCUGGGACAAAUCUAACCUGGGACAGAGGAUGGAGACAUACCCGCAGGCUAAGAUUUUACUUGGACUACUUGGCUGCAUGUAUGGACCUACCGGUCUAUGGCUACCUGGGAUGGACCUACCGGUCUAUGGCUACCUGGGAUGGACCUACCGGUCUAUGGCUACCUGGGAUGGACCUACCGGUCUAUGGCUACCUGGGAUGGAUCUACCUGGAUAAACUGAUCUGGGAUGGGAUUCCAUGUAGUGGCUCACCUCGUACCUACAUGGAGAAUAGACGAUGGUGUAUGGUCCCCUGUCCUGUCUGGAUUAUGGAGCUGUAACUACAGUAUGGAGUUAAAGGUAUGACUGUACACCUUUCUGAGGUAUUGACUUGGUUGGUUGGUUACCUGGGGGGGGUAUUCUGGGUGUCAUGGAGCUGUUCCUUGGAGCCCAGGUAUGGAUCUGGAGCAACGUGUUUCACAGUAACAGUUCUGAUCACGCGCUGACCAAUAUGGAAACAACGGGACCUUGGGAUCUUAUAAACCACAGCUGUGAAACGGGAUCCUGUCCACGAGCACACAGAGACACACAGUACUAUUGUAGCUUACAUGACACUAGGUUCACUCAAUACUACUGAAACACGACAACAACCGGUG